AUGAACACUUUCUUGAAUCCGUUCCGGGCGCCAUCUCGAAACGAAGCAGAGUGGUUCUCGGCCGGUGUCGCCUCUUCCUUCCCAGAUGUUGGCCUCGAUGAGACGGGGACGGAAAGCGAGUCAAGCAAUCCCAAACUCUGCGGAAUUCGUGGGCCGGAUGCCAAACCAGGUUGCAAAGUCUUCCAUGUUCCCAAAACGAACGCUCCUCAACGGGCCGAAAUCGAGGUUGUAGGAGACGACUUGGCGGCGCAGGACUUGACAGACCAGGUUCUCGUCUUUCAGUAUCGCGGCAAAUUCCAUGCAAUUGAUCAUGCAAGUGCGGUGGCUGACGUGACCCAGCAAUGCCCUCAUUCUUCAUAUCCGCUGUCGCAGGGCAUCCCGUUCGACAUCGAGGACUUCGGCAUCGUCCUCAGCGCGGGGCUGACGUGUCCAAAACAUAACUGGUCAUUUGACUUGUUUUCGGGCAGGGCGGAUCGCGGCAACUACAAGCUCAAAGUUUGGGAGGUUCAGCUGCGCGACAUCGUUGGGACGCAGAUCGAUGACAAAGAGGUGUGGGUGCGAAGGAAGCCCAGGAUUGGGUGA